AUGCAGCAUACAUCUUCAACGCCUCCAACAUUAAUUGAAAACUUUAAAAUGAUACCUAUGUCAACACCGAGUAUUUCCGAUGUUACAACACCUAAUGAUACUUCAUAUUCUUCACUUUUACUAAAAAAGAAAUUAGCUAUGUUUGAUAAUUCAUCGACUUCAACGGAUAUGUCCAUCUCCCAUGAUACGAACAAUUCACCAGUUUCUUUAAUCAAACCAUCAAGUACAACUUUAUCGAUCAAUGAGAAUGAACCUAUCAAAAGUGCGAGUCGUCGCCGUAAACCACUUCGACCUUGGUCAUUGUCUGCACGUGUCGAAAGACCAAACUCGAUUAUUCAAUCGAAUAAUGAUGCCAUUGAACCUAUCAGUGAUACUGAUGAUGACAAUAAUCAAAUGGAAAGGAAAGAAUCACCUGUGAAUAAUGAAAUUGCUAAUAGUAAUAUCGAUGAUGACGAUUUAUUGCAUAAUGAAUGGCCGAAACAAUUAUCGACAAUCGAAGAAAUUUUAAAAUUAUACCGUGUUGAAACCAACGGAUUAGUACAAUGUAUUCGAUGUGGUUGCAAUGCUAAUCAAGAUAAUUUACUUGAUCAUGUCUCUAUUCAUUAUCCAUAUAAAUGUUAUUCAUGCGGAUUCUAUUCAACUUCAUCAGCGGGUCUUGAUGAACAUAAUCGCACUCAUAUAUCUAAUACUCUUCAAAAAUCUGCACUUAUCGAAGAAAUUCCAAUAGCUUUACCAACACCAAUAAAACCCACUGAACCAUUAAAUGGCACUAACAGUGAAAAAUCAACUCCAUCAAGUAAAGCUAAAGUUCAUCGAUGUCGACAAUGUUCAUAUGUAUCUAGCGUUAAAGAAGAAUAUUGGGCACAUCAUCGAGUACAUAUACGAGCCGAUAAAGUUCUUGAGUGUCCAAGUUGUCCAUUUGUGACCGAAUACAAACAUCAUCUUGAAUAUCAUUUACGUAAUCAUCUUGGUUCAAAGCCAUUUAAAUGUUCAAAAUGUGAAUAUGCAUGUGUAAAUUUAUCAAUGUUACGUUCACAUAAAAAAUCUCACUUUCGCCAUUUACUAUUUAAAUGCUUAAAUUGUUCAUUUGAAUCGAAACAGUAUCAAGCAUUACAAGAACAUCUACAAACCGAAGGGCAUGAACCGUUUUUAGAUGAGAAUAUUGAAGAAUUUCUUAAAGAAUAUUCAAGUGGAAAUCUUACAUCAUUGACUGCAACAAAUAACAAUAGUAAUUCAUCAUCGUCAACACCACCGACACUUGUACCAACACCAUCAAUACAAAAAAAUAAUAAUUGUCCAUCAACAGCACAGAAACGUAAGGCAAUGUCGAAUAUAUCUGCACCAAUGCCUGUUAAACGAACAUCAUCUAUAUCAUCAAUGGACUCAUCUUCGGGCGCUAUAUCACCAAUCUCAAGUGAUGAACAUCAAAUGGAUAAUCAACAGAUAACAACACCAACAUCAGUUCCAUCUUCGUCAAUAUCACUGGUGUGUACUCUAUGCGAUUAUGUUGCUGCAUCAAAAGAAGGUCUCGGUGUACAUUUAUUUCAACAUGCUUGUAAAAAAAGUGAUCUUCUCAAUCGAUCACUAUUAGCUAGCAUGAAUAUUGAUCCGGCAACGAAACUCAUGGAAUUGUUCAAUGGGAAAAUUGCAUCAUUUACAAAUGCAAACGGAAUCGCCGGACAAUUAAACGAUUUUCUUGGUCCCUAUCAACAAUUUCUGACACAACAACUUCAAGCUCAUUUAGCUUCAACUAGUUCGUUAUCAUCGACACCUACGAAUGUUCAUCAUUAUCAUCUCGAUAAUAAUAAUAAUCAUGCGCAAACACCGCCACCAUCAUUACUCAAUGGUAGUUAUUCUCUAUUAUCAUCAUGUAUUAAAAAUGAACCAAAUGAAAAUUCACAUCCAUCUACUAAACGACAACGAAAAGAACAAGGUUCCUAUGCAUCCUAUUCAACAGAUAGUGGCAGUAAUGAUGAACGAAAUAUAAAUUAUGUUGAUCAACAAACGCAAGUUGAUGAAUGGCAAAUAAAACGCUUAUUUGAAUGCUUUCAUUGUGAAAUUAUUUUCAAAGAUUUUGCAAUGUACUGUACACACAAACAAUUACAUUAUUCGUCCGAUAAUCCUUUUCGUUGCGCACAAUGUGGUGAACAAAAAGCAAAUAAAUAUGAUUUUUUUGUACAUGUUGCACAACAAGCUCAUGAUCUGACCUGA